GAUCGCUCGGAGCGGUAAAAGUGGGACUUCGGCGAUGAAGUCAGUUCAUCUUGUCGGAGUUGACCUCAGACCUCGUGAAUCAAAUCAAACUCUUCCUUUUGGCCAAUUCUCGUCUCUCCACACUUCAAGUUAGACCAGACCAUACCCGGCGUGUAUUAACCGUGCUUUCAGUCAGGCAUUACUCGCAAUUACCUCUCCACAACAGCCCGAACUCGUUUUGUCUGCUCACCAACAAACGUUACGACCUUUCGCGUCCGAAGUGGCUCACGGAGCUUCCGAUAUCCUACACUGAUUUCGUUAGCCCUACCGACCGACAAUUGACCCACGAUGCCGGCGUUUCAGAGCAAAAAGUUCCGGUCCGCGGCCGACAUGAACAGCAUCGGCAUGCGGUACCGCACCCUCAUGAACAAACAUCCCUUCCUCAUGUUUGGCCUGCCCUUCAUGGCCGUCAUUGUCGCUGGUUCCUUCGUCCUCACCCCGGCCACUGCUGUCCGCUACGAACGCUACGACCGCAAGGUGCGCCAGAUGACCAAGGACGAGGAACUCAAUGUGCGCCGGUCUGCAAGGAAGGUGGACAUGAAGGAGGAGUACUACAGACUUGCUGGCAAGGACCUUGACGAUUGGGAACAGAAGCGUGUGAAGAGACUUCCUGGUGAGAAUGAUGGCGUGUUGUAAAUGAGGCUGUACAUGCUCCCUUGCUUUGCGUGUAUGGAAAGCUAUCACGAACUUGAGAAAAUCGCCGAUGCCAUCAAGAUCGACCUCCUGUGAAGGUUGCAAAAGACCACGAUCACGACCGCAUCGACGUCAUUACAUCUUCCUGCCCUCAGUGUCGCGGUUGUUUCUGAAACACCGGGAAGCAAGGGUCGCCAAGGAGGACAAUGUACCAUAUGUAAAUGGCAUCAAAGGCGUUUUGGCGUUUGGGAAUGAGAUCGCGUUAUCUGUCUCUAGUUCCGUAUCGCGUUGAGUGAAAUCCGCCCGGCUCCCCAAUUGUUUCGAUCGGAGGGUCCGGGAAUUAGCAGGUUUGAGGCUGCAGGGACGAGCCGUAACGUCACUGUUUGACCCAGUCGAAUGGUCAAAGGGAUAUCAGAGACAAGUUGUCAGAUAGAGAUCGAGACUGAAGUGAGGACAUCUAACGUCAGACUGACAAAGCAUCGAUGAGUCUAUGGAAGUUCGAUCUUGAUUCUAGGUUAUUGGAGGGUGAGAUGUUUCACAGGCUUGAAACGGGUGGACAAUGCGAGAAGGAGAUGCCUCAAAAUUGACAACAUCGAACAAGAGACUCGAAACUACAAGGCUUGCAGCUAUGAGACUUGCAUAUGUAAGUCAGUUUUGUGAGGUGCAUAUAUCACGCACUGCAAGCACUAGUAGGUGCAAUCUGUACCCUACCGCAACACGCAUUUGGACAGACAAUCGAUACAAGGCGGUACCAAGGCACAGAAUAUCUUCAUUUGGCGGUCUGCCAUCAGUCAAUUGCUUCAAAUCAUCCCUUGCAUCGGGUCACGUUGACACAAUGCCCCUGCAUCUCACAAUUUCCAAGUCUAAGCUUGAUCCGUUAAACAAGGCUUAGCCUGGCCAUCGUCAGUAUCGCAGUACUUACCUUGCCAUGUACUUGUAUUUCUAAUUACUAUCAUGGGUUUCAAAUUGUCCCGUCUUAAUCGCACUGCGUGAUCCCCUCAAUUGACAGUUCAUCUCAUCGUCGAUCGAGGGGACUCGACGCUCGAGCCUCGUCUCCUCACAGCCUAGCAUCCCAAUGAGUGGCUGAGGUAUCAUCACAUUGGCUGACGAGGCCAAGAUAUCACAGCACAAGGCCAAGGCUAAGGUUAGCUAAAGCUGCUAAGAGACACGCCAGAGAGGCAGCUAUCGAGCGGGAAGACGCGUAGUCAAUGAAUAAAGCUUCAAAUGGUGCUGCUUUAGCUCACGAUUGUAAAGGUAGCGCAGCUCUGCAGGGGCCAGAGCGCCACACCGGUCCCCGCGUUGGACUGAUCGUCCUGAGUGUCAAUUGGAGGAUCAGGCUCUAUCGAUUGACCUCAAAUUCAACCGAGACAUUUCUUCAUUAGUUGGUGAUCGUCAGGAGAUCGUCACGAACAUAUGAGUUAUAAUCGUGAUAAGAUGAUGUCGAGAAAGGCGAAUGUGGCCGUACAUCGGGUCGAUGAUGAUGAUAUUGAUGAUCAAUGGGGAAGGACCGAAAUCAAGAUAGAGGCAAGCCGUUCAAACACCAGGGGGUUAUAGAGGAGGGGUUGUGGCCAAUGACAAUUUGAUAUUUACAUGAAUGUCAUUGAAGGUAUCUGCUCGUCGCUGAAUGGCGGUCGGAGGCGAUGGUGAUCGUGACUAUCACUAACGUCAAGAGAUGGUGGUGAACCUAUCGCAAAAAUGCAAGGUACAAACUGUACCUGCAGGUACACGCACACGUUUCAGCACCUGGAAAUCAUCCCAAGUGUGUGUGGUCGUAUUGCAUUCAUACGAUUGUUUCCGCCAUCCGAGCAGCCGAACAAGGCGCAGUACAUUAACAAGAAUACGAUAACGUUUUGCCCAUUAGGCACACCACUUCGUAUAGGGUAGCAAUCGGCCUAGAUAUCAUGGUGUUUCGACAAACUCGCAUGUGAGUGGACAGAGAAAUCUUGGAAAGUUUGCUUGGCCCCCUGUCUGUAGGUCAUAUGUCUGGCCAUGCCAAGCCAAUUCGGCAAUUAGCACCUUUUUCUCAUGUCAGAAUUGCUCGGAGUUGCGAAAUGCAACGUUGGUUCCCCGAUACGGGAAUCCAAUAACAACGCAAGCACGAGCAGAGCAAACAGAUUGAAAGACGGGAACUAAAAAAGUUGCUGGUUGGUAUCGUAAUUAAUUUGUGUUCUAGAUCCAGACUCAGACACGCAAGGAUAACCGUGGUGUUGGUAAUUGCAAUUAACUUGCAUGAGAGAAGGGACCUAUAGCAGGCUAUAAUUGGGAAUGGAGAUCUAUGUAACCUCACAGUUAGCUGCCGAGUCAGAAAACACUGCCAGACCAAGGCAAAGGGUCAAUAAGAAAGUUUAUUAUGAGUGGAUGCAUCAAUUAAUCCUGCAUAUUCGCAGAUACCCUGGUUUUCCCUGUCACUUUUGAUCUUUGACCCAGGGAAGUUUUUCUUCUUUUAAUUGCAGACUCUGGGAUUCUACAGCAACGAUGUGAUAUCUCGAUGCCCGAUCCUGAAAAUUGACAAAGAAGCAAUAGUUGGCAGAAAAAAAAGAAAACAUAUUCCCGAUGCCACGAUAAUCUUCAGCUCAGCUGCGUUCGGAGACAGCGAUAAAUGAGCCUUCGUGGAUUCAACGCCCAGACGGGCCAAUGGCACGGGCUUGCGGGCACUAACUGUCACGACGCCACCACACCCAAAGAGCUGGAAAAACAGUCCGGCUUCACCAAGUCCGGACUACAAGGUUUUUGCAAGAAGCAAAAUGCUUUCAAGAUCCUUCAGCUAGAAAUAAUUAACGAUCUGCAUCGCAGGGGGGGGAGAUUACCUGACUUUGCAACAUCGUGAUUACAUCCGGACUGGGGCUCGGUCAUGUUUACUCUUCACGAUACUAAUUCAGUCUCAUCGUGUCCGUGAUUGUUCGGCCUCUGAGCCGGAGGCCAGCACUGCCGAGCCCUUUUUCAUCUCGUUUAUCAAAUGCCAAGACAAAAAGCGAGAAGCGACUCAUGAUAUCUCCAUGGAAUCGCUACCUUCUCUCCACCGAUAUCGUCAUCGUAUUCUUAUGGUUUACACGAAUUUACUUGUGCGGUCUCGAAAUGUCAAACCCGGUCGUAUCUCCACGACGAGACCCUGGAUCGUCAGGACUAGGAUGCAGUAUACAUGAUGAGUCCUCCACCGUGAAAUGGAUGCGAAUAAGUGGAAUGAGGGGUUCAGCAGAUUCACCGCCUGUGUUCAAUUAACCAGUGACAGACCGUUGGCCGUUUUCGGAUUCACGUUGUGAAGCGGUACCCAUUAUUUUCUUAAUUGCAAAUGGGAAAAAUGAAACAUCCUCCACCGCCAAUUCUGUAAUCGCGCUUGUGACCGGAAAGAGGCUGAACCGCUGUCACUGUGAAUUGCUUCGAAUGCUUGGCCCGGCCGUCAUUCCUAGUGCGGAAGACAAAGACAGAGUCAAUUGUCUGGGGAAGAAUGAAGAUGAGGGGCACAUGAGAGGGCACGGGAUAGGUAGUCUCAUGCACGAUGCAGGUGAGAAAUCGCAUCACAAGUUAGGUCGACCAUUUCAUGUGGGUGAUACACACAUGGUCUACGCCGCGCAGUAGCGUACACAUACGUUGGGGUUAGAGCAUCUCGAUAGAUCUCAGCUCGACUGGCAAUAGCGAGAGAGUGAAAUGAUGGUUGCUGGGUGUAGAUUCAGCUUGUAGGGUUUAGUAGCAAGGGCGGAUGCAAGCGUAGAUUGAAUAUCGAUUCUGCUAGAGAUUAGCCUACGCGAUCGCGAACAAAGCACUUUUUGUCUGAGAAUCCCUACGGUACCUGCAUCAAGGUCGAGAAGCUGCUUCAUCGUCGGCGUACCUGAUCGUUGACACCCACACGGCGUCUUGGCACCGCUGUGAACCCCUCCACCGAACGAGCGGCGCCGCCUCUCGUCUGGUCUUGGGACGCAAGGGGGUUGUCACAUUGUGCGGAGCGAGCGGUGAAGACAUUCAUUCAUCUGCUGUUGGUGGUUAGUGAGCUCCAUUUGACUCCAGUCUCCAUCUCCAUCUCUAUCCCCAUCCACGAUGGAUGAAUAGCUGAAAAAAAUGCUGCAAUAGAGUUUCGGCUGGCGCGCGAAACCGUAGCUGAGAGUUGUUGUUGGCUCCUCGGAGCUACUUCUUAAUUCUAUGGCAACGACAAACGCAACGGGUAAGCAAACGGUCGGAGUGGCCGCUCUACGCAUGUCGUGGUUUUGAAAUGGAUGAUCUGUUACUGGAGUCGUGAAAAGAUGCGCAAUAAGUGACGUCCAGUUAUCGCCCUUUGGUGCCACGACAACUUGCUGUGCAAUGCAUUACAGCAACAGAUCUGCGCUGGCGUGCACACGAAACCGCCAACCAACAAAUUUUAUGCUCAGUGACAGCAUGAUCUGCUAUCAGCUUAUACCUGAAAGAGCUUGUAUCGACUUCAUUCGUAUACCAAUUGUACUCUGCCUGUAUCUCACGAUGAGUUUGAUUCCCAGACCCGGGAAUUGAAUUGGCUUACACUCAGACUCAAGUUCACGCUCAAGACAUUUUGCUUUUGUUUCAUUUCUACAUGGUGUUCGCCCUGCAUCUCAUGCUUCUGAACAUGGACCAGGCAUUUCAAUCGGGAGCGAGAAUUCUGGACCGGAAUCUUCAAGCACGGGCCUUUUUGGAGUAUUUGCUUUUUUCCCUUUUUCCAAUCGAUAUCAUCAAUAUUAAUCAGACACGUCGUGACUAGACAACCUCCGCAGUUACAUGGGUUAGAGGCAGCCUAAUCAGAAUUGGCGGUGACCUUGUCGAAAAGGGCUGAAGUCAAGGGAGAGUUAAAGAAGCAAAUGGUGAUAGACGUGAAAGUUUCGGGAGCUACCAGUUGGCGCUGGGCCUGAUGACCUGUAUUGGAAAAAGAGGCUUUUGAGGCGUGGUCUAACGAGAGGUAAGGUACCAGGCACAGCAUUUCUAAGUCAGGUACAGUGAGGGCCCAGACCCCGAGGCUGACAGUUUUUUUUGGUGGAUGGAGACUGAGAUAGACGGAGAAGAAAAAAAAAAAGAAGAAAAGA